AUGGUUUCAUACCUGAAUGAGUUUUCUACAUAUUGUAGAUCAGUUGGCCUCUUGGCACUCUAAGAAUCAUUCAAAGAGCAGAAGAGUACCUUAGAAGAAACAUUACUCAUGCAUUUGAUUACACUAAAAAGGGAAUAACUGAUUGAAUUAUCCACUCGUAUUGUAAGGAUAUGGAGCAUCAAUAAUAGAGAUCAAAAAUAAGGAUCUUCUCAAGAAAGCCAAUAAAGGAAGAUGUCUGUUAGUGAAAUGCAUACCAAAUCUAGUUCCUAAUUAAAUCAUCUCUAUGACUAACAUAUAUUCAAUGAAGAGAAUCAAAUAGUCAAACGAGAUUAGUAAAUUAAUCUCCUUAUGAAGGAGUGCACAUUCAAACCUUAAAUAACAAAGAAGAGCCAAAAAUUAGAGUUGAAUUCACCAGCUCAUAUUAGACUGAACAAUUAUGCAAUGGACUCUAAAAUCAAAUUACAAAUAGUUUAAGAACUUAAUUAGAAAUAAGAAUUAAAGGAUUGCACUUUCAAACCCUCAAUUAAUUUCAAAUCAAUUGGUAAUAAUCAAUCAGUUGAAAAUCCGUUUGAUAGACUCUAUUAAAAUGCCCUGACCUAAAGAAAUAAAACACCUAGAAACAAUGAAGAUUCAUAAUUUACGUAUCGUCCUUAAUUAAUCAGCUCUCCAAUUAAAUUAUAACAAUAAGAGGGAAUUUCAGUCGAGGAGAGACUUUAUAAUCAUCAUUUCGAGAAAAUGAAUAAUAUGGCUUUGAAAUAAGAGGAGCUUCAAUAAAAUGAAUUAGAUUAAUGCACAUUUACACCUGCUAUUAAUUAGUAAGGUAAUUGCAGACAAAAUGAAAAAGUAUUUGAAAGGCUCUAUAACCACAGCAGUGUAAAAUCUGUUUCAGAAGUAAAGGAUCAUUCAAUAUCACAUAUUAAUAAGAAAUCGGAAUCCUUAAUAAAAAAGCCAUAAUCAGAGAAUAAUUCCUAUGUGACUUAAUUUUAAGUAGAAUCCAAUCCAUUCGAUCGAUUGUAUUUAGAACAUUAAAGAUAAGAGAAAAAGAAGAAAUCCAAUUAAAUAUAAUAUUACUAAUCUAUACCAUUUAAACCAAUACUAAAUAAAAAAUAAUCAUUAUAAUGA